AUGGAUAUAUCACCUAGUAUCUCACAUAAAAUGAAUAUCGAUAUUCAUAUAUGGACAAAUGACUACAGUUUACGUGUUUAUUCUGGUCCAUUCGAUCAUGCCUACAUAUGCCAAGAACAAGUAUCCGAUCAUAACGAAGUUGAACGCAUACUUGAAGCUUGUGCCAAACAAAUGACAGAAGUGUGUCGUACAAUUUAUGAUCUUGAUGAUUCACUUCAAACAAUCGAAACUACAACUGGAUCUGCACUCGAUACAGUCAGAAGCGAUCUUCUUGCAUUCAUUGUUGGCGUUUAUGGAAUGAAUAUUUUGAAUGGACUUGAAAGUGAACCAGCUGCAUUCUACAGGGUACUUGGUGGUUCAGCGUGUUUAAUAGUUGGGUUAAUAGUUGUCGGAAUGACACGAUUGCUAGUAUACAGACGAAUUCGAUUAUCUCGAAAAAGAAAACGAACUUGA